AUGAGCGCGGGCAGCGUCGCCCCGGGCUGGCCUGAGGCGCUGGCCCGGCCCGCAGCGGGGAUGAGCGGCGGAGAGAGCCCCGAGGGGCCCGGGGACGGCCCCGAGCUGCAGCUGAAGGUGGAUUUUUUCCGCAAGCUCGGCUACUCCUCGGAGGAGAUCCGCGUCGUGCUGCAGAAGCUGGGCCUGGGCGCCGACACCAACACGGUGCUGGGGGAGCUGGUGAAGCACGGCCCGGCCGAGCGGGACGGCCCCGAGGCUCCGCCCGAGCCCGGCGAGGCCCCGCUGGUCCCUCGGGGCGGCGCCGGCAACAAAUCCCCCGCUCCCGGCGCCGAGGAGACGGAGAGCGACAACCUGAAGCCCAUCGUCAUCGAUGGCAGCAACGUGGCCAUGAGCCAUGGGAAUAAAGAAGUGUUCUCCUGCCGAGGCAUCCUUCUGGCUGUCCAGUGGUUCUGGGACAGGGGACACAAGGAUAUCACGGUCUUUGUGCCGUCGUGGAGGAAGGAGCAGCCCCGACCAGAUGUGCUCAUAACAGACCAGUACAUCCUGCGUGACCUGGAGAAGAAGAAGAUCCUGGUGUUCACGCCGUCGCGGCGCGUCGGCGGCAAGCGCGUGGUGUGCUACGACGACCGCUUCAUCGUGAAGCUGGCCCACGAGUCCGACGGCGUCGUGGUGUCCAACGACACCUACAGGGACCUGCAGAACGAGCGGCCCGAGUGGAAGAAGUUCAUCGAGGAGCGUCUGCUGAUGUACUCCUUUGUUAACGACAAGUUUAUGCCUCCAGAUGAUCCCUUAGGGCGUCAUGGCCCCAGCCUGGAUAACUUCCUCAGGAAGAAACCUGUGGUUCCAGAGCACAAGAAACAGCAGUGCCCUUAUGGGAAAAAAUGCACUUACGGAAUUAAGUGCAAGUUCUACCAUCCUGAAAGGAUCAACCAGCCCCAGCGCUCGUUGGCUGAUGAGCUCCGUGCCAACGCAAGGCUGUCUCCAACCAGAACUGCCAGUGCCAAGGAGGAAAAAAAGGGGAAACGGGGCUCCCAGGCAGAGCUCUUGUGCCCUGUGCCCGCAGAGAGUGACAAGAGCUCUUUACAGAAGGUCUCUGCGGAGAGGAAGAGCUUGACCCACAAAGCCAAGCCCAGUGACGUCGUGCUUCAGGCCAAAGGCUGUGUGUCAGGCAGCGUCUCCCCGGACAGGUACCAGCAGCCUCCCAUGGACUCCCUGUCUUACAUCUCCCAGGAGCGUCUCGACUCAGGCAUCGGCUCUCUGGAGAACCAGCUGUCUGACAUGUGGCCCCACAGAUGUCCCGCUCACUGUGACCAUUCCCACGCCGAGCAGGUGGCCGUCUGCACCUGUGGCAGGCAGAGAGCCGCCUACCCCCAUUCCCCCAGCUUAGAUCACAACGGUCCGGUCUCUUACAAGCACAGCUCCCAUAAAUCACCUUCCUCUGGUGCCAGCUUCUUGCAGUACAGCCCCGAGAUGUCUCACUCGGGAGCUGCCCGCUCUUUCUCGGGCUAUGCCGUCCCCGUGCCCGCUGCCGGGCAGUACAGCCUGCCCGGGGAGCUGGGCGCGGCCCUGCCGCGCUCGCGGGACUUCUGGUCCGAGCCCUUCCCGCUGCCCCCGGUGAGAUCCCCGGGCGUGCGCGACCCCCGGGCGGUGCCGCGGGCCCCGGGGCCGCCCUUCGGGGACGCGGGGCGCUGGGCGGGCUCGGAGCAGUUCGCCGAGGAGCGGGCCAGCGUGCACGUCAAGCUGUGCGGCAUCUUCCACCCGCACCUGGUGGAUGCCGUCAUGAGCCGCUUCCCCCGGCUGCUGGACCCCCAGAGGCUGGCAGCAGAGAUCCUCACCUACAAAGCCCAGAACCCAGGGAUGUGAGGCGGGUGGCAAGGGCGGCCGGGUGGGAGGGGAAGCUCCAGGGGCUGGUGUUGCCUCUGCGGCUGCCACAGACGCCUCCCGAGUGCCCCUUAUUCCUUUGGAAGUACUGGGCUCCAGCUGGAGGCUGGGUGCCAGGUGUGGUGUGCUCGCAGCAAAUCCUGCUCCGGCUGUGCCAGCGUGCCUGUGGGAGAGGUGAGAACACCCCAGCACCCCACCUUCCCCAGGGGCUGCUAAGCAGAAAGGGAGGCUGCAGCUCUAGAGAGCAGGACUGCUCCUUUGGGGUUCAUCAGAGUCUGGCACACCCUGAAUUCCUGCACUUGUCCAUAACUGGAUGUGAGGGAGGUGGCUGCUCUUUGCAGUGGCCUAAGGCUAGUUUCUGAGGACCCAAAUGCCUUGUCAAUGCUGUUGUUAGGUCCUGGCUAAGCCUCUUUACUAAAUCCCACCAUUCAGAUCUGUGGCAAACGUUGCGUUAGUAAUGCAAUCUGAAGCUGGGUUUAUCUGACUGGUUUUACUGGUGCACUUCUUGAAUGAUGCUUUCCUCACCCCUCCCACCUCAGCUUAUCUUCCUGAGAUGAGGUAAUUCUGCCACAAGUGCUCAGUGAGCUGCUCGGCUCCCAGGAGCACUGUCCUCGC